GCGCCGCUGCGACAGAAACCCGCAGAGAUCCUGAUAAGCAAGAAAACAAGGUGACACUGCAGAGAGGAGCAGGCUGCAGUGUUCUGCUGAGUAGCCGUGAAACAGCACUCGCUUGUCAGCAGACGGCUUUCAGCUGAGCCCCAGAGUCCCCCAGGAGGAGACUACAGCUCCCAGAACCCCCCGCUGCAGCUCCAGACCGUCUACGGAUCCAGGAGGAGCCCAGCUGAACUCUGGGAGAGGUGGUCCUGGUCCAUCAGCUGAGGGAGGAGAGGGUGACGUGCCAUGACAACAGUCCGAGGGAGACGCACUGCGAGGUAAUCACAGAGCAGAGCCAUGUCUGCCGGCCUGGAGGACACAGACAGCGUGUUCGACCUGAACGAAGCCGUCCCAGAGACCGAGCUGCUGGACAACAGCAUCCAGAAAGGCCGGGCCCAGCUGUCGGUCAAAGCGCGGCGCCACCGGCCCUCACGCUCCCGCUACCGGGACAGCGUGAGCUCCACGGAGGGAGACGACGGCUUCGACAGGAAGGACAGUCCUGUGCAGUCCACCCGCUCACCUCUACACCUGGCCAUGAGAGGCUCCUCCCCCUCGCCGGAUUUGCUGGUGUCAUCCCGAAGCCCCGCCUUUUCCUUUGACGCAUCGCUGGGGCGUCGCUCUCCAGAGGACGAAGGCGCCUCAUUGGUCACUCCAUCAAGGCGGCGCUAUCAUCAACUGACCAACGCCACCUCUCAGGAGGCUCUGGUGACGCCGAGCAGCUCGCCAUCGAAAUCCUCGCCCUCCUCUGACUGCUCACCUGUCUACAUGAGGAGGAACAGGAGGCCAGACAGUGAAGUGCUGGUUUCUGACACGAGUCGAGACACGAGUCCGGCCGAUCACGGCAGUCCGACGGUCGUCUUUGACAAGAAGACGAAGAGGCGCUUCCUGGAUUUAGGGGUGACGCUGAGACGUUCCUACAUCAGAGUGAGGAAAGAUAAAUCCAACAGGCUCUCUGUGGGCAGCAGAGAGCCAUCUGAGAGUCCCUCCCGGUCCUCCGGAUCCUUCGUCUCCUUUUCCUGGUUCACUGAAGGUCGGGGGUCCUUCUCCUCCUCUGGGACUCCUCCAUGUUCCCCUAAGAUCCCCCCGCUGGGCUCCCAGAGGCCCAGGAAGUCCCAAUCUCAGGAGUCGGCUCUCAGCGAGGAGUUUUCUCCUCCUCAGACCUCCUCCUCCACCUCUCCUCCUGCAGAGUCCUCCUCCAGGUCCUCCCAUCCAUACCACACCCUGUCCCAGUCCUCCGACGAGCCCUGUGACGAGCCCUCCUCCUCCGUCUCCUCCUGGACCACCCAGGAGGUUUGUCAGUGGCUCCAAGGUCUCCACAUGGACCAGUACAUCCCAGAAUUCAGUGCCAGAAACAUCGACGGAGAGCAGCUGCUGCAGAUGGACGGCGCCAAGCUGAAGGGUCUGGGCGUGCUCAGCUCGUCUGAUCGCAGCGCUCUGAAGCGUCGCAUCAAAGACGUCCAAACUGCGGUGGGGAAGGAGAGGAAAGCUCUGGACAAACUGGAGAAACAGAAGGAGAAACAACGCAGGAAAGACCAGGAGCAGCGCAGGAACUGAGAGCCACCACCAGGGGGAGGCAGAGGACAGAGCGAUGGCAUGCAGGGAGGCAAAGAAGACUUUGGAGAAGGGAUUUUCAGUCAGAGUGAGACGUCAAUAAACUUUCUGUGCUUCAUGGAAAACCGGGAAUUCCUGCCUGCAGAUGUCCUGACCUGGAGGUUGGUUUGAGGAAAUGAGACAGAGAGGAACUUCCGGAGAAACAUGAAAAUCAUUAAAUAUCGGAAAACAUUUCUGACCGCAUCGUUAUCUACAGAAGCCAUGAAGGGACAAACUUAAGCCUUCAUGUUUAGUUUUCAUCUCAGUAUUGGUUAUGAAUUGCUGUCCUGUUUAAGUUCAAUUUAUUAAUGAAAAAACAACAACAAACAUAUGAAUAAAUAUAAAACAACAGUUUA